UGAAACUGAGAGGAUCCUGUCCAAAGCUUUCUGCUUUUAUUUCGAAGGGCUGAUACUGUACUUCCGGGUGUCGGAGCUUUAACUUGCCUCACUUGUUUUUGAAAACCGAGCAGCUGAGCGGAGCACUGCGGAUCGCUGCAGUCCUGCUCCGUCCUCUCCGGUUCCCCCACACCGACCCUCUCCUCCUCCUCCAGCCGCCGACAGCGCCUCAUCCCUCCGUCUGCGGAGGAGCGCAGGAAGACCGAUGCGCCGCGAGUGACCGCCUCUGCGGGGUUGCCCUUGACUCGGGGAGGACUUGGACGGGGCUGAUGGAGGUGACAUUGUGACGGAGCUGGAGCGCCGGGGAUGCUGGCCGGGUCCUGGUCGGAGCAGCAGCAGCAGCAGCAGAGUCCCCGCUGAGGCUCAGGGGAGGUUGGGGUGGAAGUAGGGAGGCCUGAGUGGUCUCCACCUCCGGAUCAGAUCCAGCCAGACACAAGGCAAGUGUGCAUGAGCAGAUAAACAAAAGCCACCCCAAGCUGGUGCGUCUGCACUGCAGAUAAGCUGCAAGCUUCCUCUUCUAAACAUGACGGGCAGCUGUGGUCUCGGACUGUGAGUUUUUGGGUUGUAGAAGCGAUGGCCGAACACGAGGAAGCGGAGUCUCUCAGGAAGGAGGACGAGGAACCGGCCGCCAACCUCAAAUCCAAAAGUCUGCCCGUCUUAAACGAAGCAGCUCCCCAGGAGAAAACCUUACUGGACAGCUCGACCCGCUUGUCCAUAGCAGCCGAAGAGAGCUCCGAGUUCAUCCAGCUGCCGGCCCGGACCGAGUCUUUCCAGGCCGAGUCCCCAACCAGAAGCACCUACCUGCCAAAGCCCGGGAAGUCGGCUCUGAACAGGCCGAGCUCCUACCUGGACAACCCGGAGGUCCGGAGGAGUAAGUCCAGACUGGCUCAGAUCCGCCUGCCGAGCAGGAAGUACCUGCGGCUCAUCCUGCAGGACUCGCGCUGCUUCCUGUUCUGCAUGUGCUACCUGACCUUCAUCCAGUCGCUCAUGGUGUCCGGCUACCUCAGCAGCGUCAUCACCACCAUCGAGAAGCGCUACAGCCUCCGCAGCUCGGAGUCGGGCCUCCUGGUCAGCUGCUUCGACAUUGGGAGCCUCGUGGUUGUGGUCUUCAUCAGCUACUUUGGCGGUCGGGGUCAAAGGCCACGCUGGUUGGCGGUUGGCGGGAUCUUCAUCGCCGUGGGCGCCGCUCUCUUCUCCUUACCUCACUUCAUCUCCCCGGCCUACCAGAUCCAGGAGCUGAACUCUUCCUCGGCCAACGAGGGGCUGUGCAUGAACAGCAACGCCAGCGGCAGGGUUGACAUCACUUCCUGUCCUAGGGACCAGGACGGAAACGAGCACCGCCUGUAUGUGGCGCUGUUCGUCAUCGCGCAGAUCCUGGUGGGGAUGGGGUCCACGCCCAUCUACACGCUGGGUCCCACGUACCUGGACGACAACGUGAAGAAGGAGAACGCGUCGCUCUAUCUGGCCAUCAUGUAUGUGAUGGGAGCUCUGGGCCCGGCGGCCGGUUACCUGCUGGGCGGAGUCCUGAUCGGGUUUUACGUCGACCCAAAGACCGUGGUGAACAUCGACCAGAGCGACCCGCGCUUCAUCGGCAACUGGUGGAGCGGCUUCCUGCUGUGCGCCGUCGCCAUGCUGCUGGUCAUUUUCCCCAUGUUCACCUUCCCCAAGAAGCUCCCUCCUCGGCACAAGAAGAAGAAGAGGAGGAAAAAGCUGAGCCUGGACGACAUGUCCAGCGACGACGACGUGCUGAAGGAGAAGAGCAACAACAGCAAGCAGCAGACGGUCGCCUCGUCCAUGGGCUUCGGGAAGGACAUCAAAGAUCUUCCCAAAGCUGCGGUGAGGAUCCUCAGCAACGUGACCUUCGUCUUCGUCAGCCUGUCCUACACGGCGGAGAGCGCCAUCGUCACCGCCUUCAUCACCUUCAUCCCCAAGUUCAUCGAGUCGCAGUUCGGGAUCCCGGCCUCCAACGCCAGCAUCUACACCGGUGUGAUCAUUGUGCCCAGCGCCGGCGUGGGCAUCGUGCUGGGCGGCUACAUCAUUAAGAAGCUGAAGCUGGGCGCUCGGGAGUCGGCCAAGCUGGCGAUGAUCUGCAGCGGCGUGUCGCUGCUCUGCUUCUCCACGCUCUUCAUCGUGGGCUGCGAAAGCAUCAACCUCGGAGGAAUCAACAUCCCCUACACCACCGGACCGACGCUCACCAUGACUCAGAGGAACCUGACAGGAGGUUGUAACGUGAACUGUGGAUGUAAAAUCCACGAGUACGCGCCGGUCUGCGGCUCCGACGGGAUCACGUACUUUAACCCCUGCCUGGCCGGCUGCGGCAGCGUGGCCAACGACACAAACGGGAUCAGGAACUACUCGGACUGCGCCUGCGUCCAGAGCCGCCAGGUCAUAACGCCGUCGUCCGGCGGUCAGGGCAGCAACCAGCUGCAGCUCGUCAUCGUCAAAACCUACCUGAACGAGAACGGCUACGCCGUUUCAGGGAAGUGCAACCGAACCUGCAACACCCUCAUCCCCUUCCUCAUCUUCCUCUUCAUCGUCACGCUCAUCACCGCCUGCGCCCAGCCCUCCGCCAUCAUCGUCACCCUCAGGUCUGUUGCAGAGCAGGAGCGGCCGUUCGCUUUGGGGAUGCAGUUUGUUCUCCUCAGGACUCUUGCCUACAUCCCGACGCCCAUCUACUUCGGCGCCGUCAUCGACACCACCUGCAUGCUGUGGCAGCAGGACUGCGGCGUUCACGGCUCCUGCUGGGAGUACGACGUCACCUCCCUGCGCUUCGUCUACUUCGGCCUGGCCGCCAGCCUCAAGUUCCUCGGCUUCCUCUUCAUCUUCCUCACCUGGUACUCCAUCAAGUACAAGGAGGAGCGGGUGGAGCGCUGGCUGAAGCGCCACCUGUCGCCUGUCGACACCGUGGGAAGCCUCAUGUGCCACCCGGGGGGCCACAAGGGCCACGCCCGCACCCGCUCCUGCCCCGUCAACAUCCCCCGCACCGACCCCGCCGCGCCACACGCCACUAACGCCCUCAACCGAGGCGUCAGCACGCAGAGUUGCCCCGGCAACGAGCUGAAAGCAAUAACUCCUCCCCCUGCAGGUCCGACUGCAGCCGCCCCAGCCUCUACCCCGGCCCCGACCGCGGCCUCUACCCCGGCUCCGGCCCCUGCCCCGGCCUCGGCCCCGGCCCCAGCCUCUGCCCCGGCUCCGGCCCCUGCCCCGGCCUCGGCCCCGGCCCCAGCCUCUGCCCCGGCUCCGGCCCCUGCCCCGGCUCCGGCCCGCUCGCUGGAACACGUCUCAGUUCGGGUUUAAACCACCGGAGGCCCAGAUUCAUCCACAUGUUUUAGUGAGCGGAAUGCUUUGAGCUUUUCUGACAAAAGAAGAGAAAAAUCUGCUGGAUUUCUUUGUGACAUGGAGAAAAGCUCAGUCGGCCGUUUGGACGGACGGCGGUUCACUGCUCAUAAACCCCCAACACUGCAAAAACACAAAAUCCUACCAAGUAUUUUUGGUCUGGUUUCUAGUGCAAAUAUUUUAUUACACUUAAAAUAAGACAAAACUAACUUAUAAGUAACUUAUCAGCAAGACAUAGGAGCUGGUUUUAAUUCCUUAAUUUUGAUGGAAAAAAUUGGCAGAUUAUCUCACUUAUAGCAUGGGAAAAAUGUUUUGUUACAAGUGAAAUAAUCUGCAAGUAAGGACUUUUUCUGCAAUUUUAAUACAUUUUUGACUUAAAGUAAGCUCAUAUUUCUUGCUAAAACAUUAUUUUUAUCUUAUUUAAAGUGCACUAAAGUAUUUGCACUAGAAACCAGACCAGAAGUAAGAUUUUGUUUUGCAGUGCGCCCUGGCUACUGGUGCCUUCUGUCGCCUCAAUCCUCACAUGAACAGAACAAGCAGAAAUCUCCCCGUCAGACUGCAGGACUCUCCCGAACGGAUACCUCAGCUUUCUCCUCACUUCCUCCGUCUUCUUCUUCUUCUUCUUCUUUUCUUCACCGCCACGCGAGCGAUGUUCGUCCUCGUCUAAGAAAAACAAAAAAAAACUCCUGGAAAUGUGAUACAGGAUGAUUCAGUGUUAGGAACUGGAAACCGAUGGCAUGGUGCUACAUGAAAACAGCGUUUAGAGUCCAGCUUUAUGUUUGUUUCUGUUUUAAACGGGUCGGUCGGGCCUUUUGUUGCUCCGUACAACCCAUCCGUACGUCUCAGCAGCCCAGCAAGCAGCUCACCCUGAACAGGAUCAGCGUUUCUCCUCCAGUUCCAGGAAGGAAAUAGCUGAGAUAUUUCAGAUAGAACAGCAGCAGAUGCACUGAAAACAGGCAGCUGAUCUCCAUGUGGCUCCAAAUCAAAUUGUCUCUCUCAGCUGUGAAAGGAAAAAUGUCUGAAACAACGAGAUUAAAUUCUCUGCAUCAGUUCGCUGCACUUCACCGCUCUCCUCUGGAGGGAAGUAAAUAUAGAAACCUCUUCAUGACACUCCGGCGCUGCUAGUGAUCGCAGAAUAGGUUUAGCUCCACUGAGAUGCUCUCCUCACCACGCCACCUCAUUUCUGCUCUAGCUGAACUUUAUCGCCACCUGCAGGCCGAUUUCUGCUCUUUGGUCUCAGCGGGUGAACAACAGCUUCAUCACUCGGAGGGACUACAGAAGAAAAUGAGCAUUUAGCUAAAUCUGGUAUAUUUAUGACAAUAUUAUACGUUCUUUAAUAUAGAAGGACCAAAAUAAAAAUAAAAUUCGAUUCAAGCAAUCAGCAUAGCCAAGCUAUACACAGGGUUUUGUUUUAGUCUUUUAAAAAGUAUUAAAAUUAGUAACUGACAGUGGUGGGCACUCUUUUGCUAAUCUGCUAAUGCGCUAAUAGCAGAGCUAAUUUCUCUUGUUUAGCAUUUUUGCUAGCGCGCAUAGCUUCCCCUGAAUUAAUUUUUCUGGAUAAAUUCUCAACCUCUGAUUUAUCUAGCUGCUCUGUAAAUGUUUAAUCGAAUAAAGUUCAACUUUUAUAUUGAAGUUUUGUUUAUGAACUUAAUUUAUGUAGACAUUUAUCUACAUGCUCUUAUUUUGAAAUAAUUUAUCCAUUGAUUCCUUUCCCUCACCUCUAUUUUUCUUAAAGAAACUUUUUACAAGUACUGUAGCUCUCCAGUAAGCUCUGUAAAAUCUUAUCUGCAACAAACCGCCGACAAAAAUCAGCAGCAGAGUUAGCAAAACUCAGCAACUAUAAAAACUAUAAAACUGAAACCAUGAGUGAAAAAUUUGUUCCAAAGAAUCACAACAGUCAUCCUGAAGAGGGCGACAUGCUACGUUGGGUCACUGACUUUAGCGUGUUAGCAUUAGCUUCCUCUAAAUACCAUGUUAGUUUGUGGCACUAGCAUUAGUGGAACUAAUGUUUCUGAUUAGCGUUUCAGUGUUAGCGUAGCUAGCUCUUUAGCUUGUGGUGCCCACCACAGGUGACUUAACAAUAUUUGUUCUGCAAAACUUUAAAUUCAGAAUUUUAUUCAUGUGUUUCUGCUUAAUAUUAUCUCCUAAAAUCACAUUUAAAUCUAAAUGGUCUGUAAAUUACAGGUAAAGACCAGCCUGGAACUGAUUCGUUGCAAUUAUUGUCAUAAAAGUAAACGAUUCUGCUUUUUAAUAACGGUAAAAAAAAAAUGUAAAUAUGUUUUUCAAAAACAGUUGAGAGAAAUUCGGCCUGAAGUGAUUUAGACAGGAGGGACAUACUGGAGAGAUUUCCAGGUUAGCAGCUGCAGCUCUGAGAUCUUUCCACGCUGUCCAGUCCCACUUCCCACAGCAGAAUCCCAGUGUUCCCAACAGGAACUUCCUCAGGCUUUCUCCUGCUGAAGGUGUAAACAGGAACCAUGAACAAAGUCCGGACCUCAUUCCUCGGCACAUUCCUCCGACAUGUUUCAGUGUUUCUGGUGUAAAAACUGUAGAUCCGUCUGCCUGAAAGAGAUGAUGGAGUUUCCGUCAUAAAGUCUUCAGGCAGAAACUGCUGAUUUAAAAACAGUUAGUUAAAAAUCACGCCUGUAGGUUAGCUUCCUUACCAGAGCCCCAACUGAAAUUUAAUUUGAUAUUUUAUUGAUUUGUGAACACAAAGCCCAGAUAAGGUUAAUGUUUUGAUUUUGUUUAUUCUUUUUUUGUUGUAAAUCAUUCAAAAACAGAUUAAUUUUGUUAUUAGUUGCAAACAUUUUCUAUAAAUCCUAAAAUUAAGGUGCACCAUUGGUCCAUCAUCGCCCCCUGCUGAGUACAAUCCCUACAUUAGCAGGAUAAUCAAAACUAAAUUAAAACAUCAUAUGUAAUCAAAUGUUUCUGAAUCUUUUAAAAUAUCAGCACCGGGUGACUUUUUUUUGCGUGGAAAUAUAAUGAACUGGAUCCACUAAAUAUGCCACAUUUAAGGAAAUCUGAACAACUAAAUACAUUUUAAGAUUUUUAAGUUUAGAAUAAAUUUGUUCUUUAUGAGAUGAGUUAAAUGUUAGCAUUUUGUCUGUAAAAUAAAAAACAGCAUUUAAAAUUUUCUGGAAAUACAAAUCUCUAAAUAAAGUGUUUUCUGAGGACACCUGCUGGUCACGUUGGGAACUGCAGGCAGAUUAUCAGCAGAAUUACAUCUAAUCUGUUUUACAUUUAUCAUUUGAAUUUAUCUGCAAGUUUUCUUGUCUAAAAAACAAAAGAUUCAGUUGGAGGAUGCAGACUGCUGUUUAGACGCUGCACAGUUGGAGAUAAAAAUACUUUUUCCUGCUGUAAAGACAGUUUAAUUUUUAAUAUUUAUAAAUUCCUUACUCAGUCCAGCUCUUUCAAAACAGAAAACUGCAGAUAAAUAUCUAAAUCUGAAGCUUUUGAUGAUAAUUCAAACAUUUAUACUAGUUUUAAACUGAAGAACAGAAAACUGCAGUUUAUUAAUUAAGGUUUAGAAAGUUAGAACUUAAAAAAUACUUUCAAAUCGACAAUUUCUAAAUAAAAUAUUCAAAAUCAUGAUUACUUCCUCAUUAUUUGGACAUUUUGCAAUAUAUUGAUUAAUAAUCUGAUAUUUUCUUGACCUUAAUAACUGAAUUUUAGGACAAAAUCAAAUUUUUACAGCAACAAUUUUAAAAAUAUAAAUUUUAAUUCUCUUAUUGGAAAAGUCUGUUCUGCUCAUUUCCAUAACAUGUUUUAAUGUUUAAAUUAAAUUCCAAUUUUUAGUUUCUGCCUUAUUAAAAAUCAGACAAACUUAUUGAGUUUGAUAUAUUUAAAUUAUUUUCUGCUGUUUUGAUGAAGGUUUGCAGCUGCUUGUUGUGAAUCAGCCAUUAUGCAUCUGCACCAUUUUAUUGCCCCUUUAGGGUUUUAAUUCCUUUAGAAUUACCUGUUCCAUGUUUUGUGCUGAUUGUUUUGUUUAAAAUUAAUGUUUCUGCAUCACUUUUUAUUUUUUAAAGUUGAGAUUUUAACCAAAAAUCUGCAAAAUGUCUCAAACUUUUUAUUUUGGAGCAACGUGUUGCUGAGCUCAGCGUUCCGCCUGGAUUAAAAAGUUUCUGGUUUUAUUUUAAUGCAGAAAAAAUGAAUCUAAACAUUGAUGCAUAUUUGUUCACAGACGCAGGAUGAAUGUUACAUUCAAUGCAACAGGAGACUUUAAGAUCUGAUGGAGCAUUUUUGUUGUGUCUGAGCCAGUGAUCAUCUCAUAAUGCUGUAAAAGAAGAAAAAAUAAAACUUGAUGCUUAGUUUCAGUGACACUUUAGAAGCAGAAUGGAGUAAAAUGUUCAGCACGACUGUCUUCAUGUAGAAAAGAGCAGGAAAUAGAAACUUUUGUCAUGUCUGUAUUUAAACUGCUUCAGCUGCUCAUGUCUCAUUUUUUAAACGACGCUCACAGGAUGAAGGAUCUCAUGUCUGAAAACUCAUCAAUAAAAACAACAACAAAGGUUUACAACGUUACGUUCUUCACCUCAAAAGUCAGAUUUUUCUCUGUCGUUUCUGGUUCAUCUCUUCGUUUCCAGACUGAUCAGGGAUCAGACGUAGGUUAGUAGUUUUUUUUUUUUAAGAAGUCAGUAUCCUAUUUAUUUUGGAGAAAAGUGUUUUUGACGCAGCACUGAUGAGAGGCAGGAUGCGGAUGUUCACACCUGCCUCCGAUUCUUGACUUCUGUUGAUUAAAAAUGUGACAAACUGAAUAAAACAGUAUUACAGAAAA